AUGCCGAGACGAUCCGCCGUUUUUUCCGGUGUCUCGUGCAUCGCUGGCUUUAGGUCUUUUCUCGCCGUCUCCGGUUCCGUCUUUGUCUUUCCUCCCUCCUCCCUCUCUCUCUCUUUUUGCUCUCCCGUCCGCACGUUUUUGGGUCCCCUCUCCUCUCCUCCUCCUUUUCGGUCCGUUCAAUCUUAUUGUCCCUUUUUCUCGACCCCUUUGUCCAUCAAAAUGUUCUCUCUGCGGACGGCGCAACCCGCGCAGUCUUUGCUCCGUCGCGUUGCGGCGCCGACUUCCUUCCGUUCCUCCAUCCCGGCAAGAUCCUUUGCUAGCGUUCAGUCCGAUAUCUUCAAGCCCACCAAGUAUGGCGGCAAAUACACCGUCACUCUCAUCCCAGGUGACGGAAUCGGUGCCGAGGUUGCUGAGUCGGUCAAGACUAUCUUCAAGGCCGACAAUGUUCCCAUCGAGUGGGAGCAGGUAGAUGUUAGCGGUGUUGACACCGGUAACAAGCACUCGGAAGAGCUUUUCAAGGAGUCCAUUGCUUCUCUGCGCCGUAACAAGCUGGGUCUGAAGGGUAUCCUCUUCACCCCAGUUGAGCGCUCCGGCCACCAGUCGUUCAACGUUGCUCUCCGUCAGGAGCUGGAUAUUUUCGCCUCGAUCGUCCUCAUUAAGAACAUCCCCGGCUACAAGACCCGUCACGAGAAUGUUGAUCUUUGCAUUAUCCGUGAGAACACCGAAGGUGAAUACUCUGGUCUCGAACACCAGUCCGUGCAGGGUGUUGUGGAGUCCCUGAAGAUUAUCACUCGCGCCAAAUCCGAGCGCAUUGCCAAGUUUGCCUUUGGUUUCGCUCUUGCCAACAACCGCAAGAAGGUUACUUGCAUCCACAAGGCCAACAUCAUGAAGCUUGCGGAUGGCCUUUUCCGCAGCACCUUCCACAAGGUCGCCGAGAACUACCCGACUUUGGAGGUUAACGACAUGAUCGUCGACAACGCCUCCAUGCAGGCUGUUUCUCGCCCUCAGCAGUUCGACGUUAUGGUUAUGCCCAACCUGUACGGUGGCAUUCUCUCCAACAUUGGGUCUGCCCUGGUGGGUGGACCUGGUGUUGUCCCUGGUUGCAACAUGGGCCGUGACGUUGCUGUGUUCGAGCCAGGCUGCCGUCACGUUGGUCUUGACAUCAAGGGCAAGGACCAGGCGAACCCUAGCGCUAUGAUCCUUUCUGGAUCUAUGCUUCUGCGCCACCUGGGAUUGGACGACCAUGCCAACCGUAUCUCCAAGGCCGUCUAUGAUGUGAUCGGUGAGGGGUGA